AUGUCACUCUCAGAAUAUGUUCGUAGAGAGGAUUUGAAAAGCCUCUAUGCGCUUCCUAUGAAAGAAGCAAGCAAAAAACUAGGAGUGAGUGAAAGCAGUUUAAGAAAUAUUUGCAGAAAACACAAUAUUGAAAGAUGGCCUUAUCGAAAAUUUCAACAAUUAGAUGCACACAUCGCCUCACUCCAAAAUGUUGAGGCAUCUCAGCAAUCUGCUCAGCAACGAGAAAUGAUCGAAAGCUUACUACGAGCAAGAACAAUUCUCGAAGAUAAUCCAAACGUGACAUGCGAGAUGGCAAUUCUUCAAGCAAACAAACAGAUCAUGUCCAAUAAUCCCAAUGCCUCUUCACACGACAUGACAGCUGUCAUGAUGAUGAUGAUGAUGAAUUCAUCGUCACAAGAAGAUUCCUCUCCAACCAUUGCAUCAUCAUGUGCUGAAAGUGUUGCCCAAUCUUCCUCACAAAUGAAUCCAUCCAAUAACAACAAUAAUCAUCAUUCUCAAAAUGGAGCAAACUUUGUACCCAUUUAUCCAGUUCAUGUGACAUCUCAUCUAUCAGCAAGUGCUGCAUUGAGUGCAAUGGCAAGAAGAAAGAAACCAAUGAAUGGUGAGCUCACACCAUCCAAUGUGAUACACCACAACAUCCACCAGAAUACGAACAUGAAUGCUCCAAAUCUUAACAACAAUGGAUGGAAUGCUUCCCCAAUGAUGAACAAUACAAUCCCUAUGGGCCAACGACCCAUGCAUCAACAAGUCAAUACUAAUACUACAAGAUUCACAGAUACUGAGCUAAUGCAAUCCUAUGCAAAUAUCAACAAUGGCAACAUACCAGUGAUGAUGAUAGAUCCACAUCACCAACAACAACAACAAAACCAGCAACAACACUCUCCUCAACAAAUCAAUUCACAACAAUUACCACAAUACUCUCAAGAAUUUUCAGAACGACGUUUCGCAGUUUCACACAGAGAUUCAGUCGCUCUUAAAUCAGGAUUUAUGCCACCUACUCAGAAUUAUCCUGCCAAUGGCAACAAUGCAUACAUGAUGAAUAAUAAUAAUAACUCAUCACUUUCAUAUGGAGCAGGACCAAUGGACGAGAAUGAAAAUAAUGUCAUGAUGGAUUCCAAUGCUGGAGAAAUGAAUCACAUGAUGUCCAUGAGUAAUGACAUGUCAUCUCAUUACCUUGCUCAACAACAAAUCCAUCAACAACAACAACAACAACAACCAAUGACCAUGCAGCAUGUGCAAAUCACAACAACAAAUGCAGAAGGAAUGAUGGAUCCAAACCUUGAAAUUUCAACCAAUGGAGAUUUAACGUCAAAAUCAAGACACAUUUCAUUAUUGAAACAGUUUAGAAAACAAAUACCACAACCAAGAUCUCUUUCUACUUCGACUGCAACUUCCUCUCAACACACAUCACCCAUUAUGAGAGAUUUGAACGCAAAUUGGACAAAUAAUGGAAACAAUAAUAUGGGACAAGCAUCACCUUUAAAGACAAACUCUUUUGGAUUCUCAAGUCCACAAACACCAACUUCAGUCUCGACACCCAUUCAACCCAAUUCCAAUAACACUGCAAGUAGCAGUAAUAACAAUACAAGUAAUUCAGUUGGACAAUUAAGCGGAAACAACAACAUGCUGUCAAAUGUCAAUACGACUAACGUUUCACAACAACCUCCCUCUCUGAGAAGUACCAUGAGUGGAUCAAUAUUUUCAUUUUCAUCAGAUCACAUGGAUGAUGAGGAUGGAGAUGUUGGUAUGUUAAUGAGCACAUCUCACAAUGAUCUUUCGUUCAAUUCAUUGUCAUCAUCACCUUACUUAUCUCCAUUCAUUAAUACUCAACAACGAACUUCUACUUCGUCUAUUUCCUCCUCGACUUCUGACAUUUUCCAACAAUCAUCUCCACACAACAGAAAUUUCUCACUAACUAAUGCAGUUCCACCCAUUAAUAGCUUGUUCCGUGAUAGCAACGGUAGUCUGCAAGAUCAAUUUAAUACCGAUCAAUUUAACAUUUCAAAACAGGAACAAAGAGAAACAAACCAGAGAAUUUUGGAAGCACUUCGAAGCACUCCCUUGAAUCCUGUUGGUGUUGGGCAAAAUAGCACUGCAAGCUAUGAUCCACUAUUUGAUAGUGAUGCCUUUUUGAGAGGAAGAACAAGCUCUGUCAGCUCCACAGAUAUAAGAUUGUCAGAUUCGUGCACGACUCCUCUGACACCAACAGAGCAAGGAAGGUCAUCUUUCUCUAAAAUUUCUCACUUUUAG